CGCGCAGGCGGGAGGUUGGAGGGGCGGGGUUCGGUACGGGUGCCGUGUGGGCUCAGCGACGGCGGCAUGGAGAGCGCUUUCCCCUAUUCUCUUUAUCCCAGCUUCUACAACUCCGGCCCCUCCGCUAGGAACCCGUGGGAGCCAGGAGGCUGGGGAGAGUAUGGACAUGUCCAGCCGUUCUGUGCGGAGGGCGGAGACCAACAGGAAACAGAAUUAAAAUGGUCAGCCCUGAAAAGUCUGAAGCGAGAGAGUUGGGAGACAUUGGAACCCAUUGCAGUUCCACUACUUCCAGCCAAAACAGUCUUCAAGUUUCGGCCAGCAAGUCUGGAAGAUCUAACUUACACUGGGAGGCUAGUGACAACUGGAGGAGGGGAUGAAAUGGCAAUAGGUGCCCUUAAUUUCACAGAACAGAUGGCUAACUUCUUUCUUGAUCACCGUAAUGAUGCCUUCAAUUCGGUGGGCAGACUUCUAGAGGAGAACUUUUAUUUUGGAGAAUCUGCCCUCAGGGGAAAAGCCAGACAGACUGCAAUAAGUGUAAGCCAUCUGAGAACAUUCACAGAGCAAGUAAAGCAAAAAGAGUGCCCACUUUCUAGUGGAAGUAAGCAAGCAAGACUUUUAAACUCGUUAUUGCAGGAGUGUGUUUUUGAUAUUCCACCAAAUGUGUUGGCAGAAAACAUUCAUGAAGAAAUGAAGAUGCAGAGAAACAAACUUCUAUUUGAUCAAUCUGCCACUGGAGGUGCUCUGGUAUACUGUCCUUUCUCCAAAGAAGCCAGUUUAGAAGAAGGGUGCCUGAUCUAUCCUGGCAGCGAAUCCAUGAGUUUACUGAACUUUCGCAAAAUCGCAUUGGGUCUUGAUGAACGUAAAAUGCCCAAAUUGAAUAUGAAAUUUAAACCAGUGAAGUUUAAAUUAAAUAGUAGAAUCCAUCAAAUAAAUUCCAGUACAGUUGAAGAAGAAGUUUUUGUAGGGGUUCGGUCUGACUAUCAUUGUGGAGCAUGGAAACUCUCCCAAGAUGUGAAUCCAUCUAUCCUCCAGGUAGUUCAGGUGGACAAUAUUGCUACUUGCAUUAACGUCAGCCCUCAUGUCCCUGGAGAGCUGGUGAUUGCCAGUGAGUGUGGAACCGCGUACCUCUGGAUUUUAGACAAAGGCCUUCGUAAAAUUCGAAAGGAAACGGAUAACCUCUAUUUUAAUGCCCAGUUGCCUUGGAGAUGGUGUGACUUCACAGCUCACCCACGAGUCUAUAUGUAUGCGGACAGAACUGGGCUUGAUUUAACCGAUUCUGGUGAGGCCUGUGACCAAACCUUGUUUAAGAUAGGAGCGACUGCUGACUGUCAAAAAGGUGAACGUGUAAUUCUUCCUAAACAUCUACAAGAUAUAAAUCCAUACCAUUAUCUUAUUACCACCCAGUAUUCUGCCUACAUUGUAGAUGAACGAUUUCCAACUGUACCUGUCCUAAAAUGGUCUCACAUGCUGAAGUCACCACCAAUGUUUGCACAAGUUGCAUGUGGGGCAGCUAAAAAAAGAGCAAACAAGAUUGUCCUGGCGACUCAGCGUACUCAGGAAGUGUUACUUCUGCAGUAUUCAGGUGGGACACAGCUUCCUUGCAAGUCACUUGGUCCACCACUGAAGCUUUCCAGUAUUUACGACAUGAUACAACACUUACCAGUCAAGUUACCUCGGCAACAUGAAGCAGUUGUUGAGAGACUUCACUCCCCUGGAGCAGGACUUGCAACACUUUACCAUUGUUGUGGCAAAAAGUCUCUGUCGGUGAUUCAGCUCACUGCAGUGGGAGACCUGUUUUACCAGAUGCUAAUUCAUAAGAAUUCAUCAGCUAGUAGAAAAACCACAGCAAGAGCAAGGGUUGGAUAUGAUCAUGAACCAAAUAACUCAAUAUUGACUGAACGGGUACAAUCUUCAAAUCAUUCUACAGAAGGUAGGGAUGAAGGAGCAGAAGAUUUGACACAAGGCGAAACUGAAAGACCAGAAGGAAAUUCUUCACGAAGUGGAGUGGAUGAACAAAGUUUCCAAUGUACUAAUCAACUUUUAAAACCCAGUUGCACUGCUCUUGCCAAGUGUUCAAGAUGGGUAAACUCAUUUUUAAAGAAGCAAAAAAAGUUUCAAAGUGCCUCCAAUACCCUCCACAAACGUACUGGUAUCAGUUCAAAAUGUCUGUUUCCCUGUAAAACAUUUAAGAAAAGUGAAGAAUCAACUGACACAUGCAGGGAACUGUGGGAUAAAAUGAGUGCAGUUAUGGAGAAGCAGCAAGUUCUUUGUCACAGUACAUUUCCAAUACUGGAUCCUGUUAGUGUCCCAGAUGUUGUGGAUGCCUCAGUUUGGAGAGAUGAACUUAGUGAAAGGCUUACAGCUGCGUGGGAAGGAAAGUGGAGUCAGUGGUGGGAAGAGAAGCUAGGUGUGAACCGGGACAAGAAAAUCCAAGCACUGCGUGCAAAAAGACGACGUGAAAAAUUAGCCCGAACAAGACAGCGGACAGAGCUGUCAGGCAGUUUCACUUCCUCAGUGUCUGGUUUGUCUGACUUCAGUGAUUUUUCAAAUUGGAGUACGUUCUCUGGAAUAAACUCAGAGCACAGUGAUUAUUUGUCUGGUACAGAAAGUAAUGUUACAUCCAGUAAAUCAGCUGAGGUAAACCAAUCAGUUAGGACAGUUGCUGAAAAGCCUCAGAAAGAAAUGGAAGCUGAGUCCAGUGUGGCUGUGGUGGAACAAAGCCAGGCAUCAAUACCAACUUUUUCACAAGAAAUACAGUUAGCCAGUAUUCCCAAGGAACGGAAAAGAAUUCUUCAGAAUUACUUAGCUGCCCUGGAAGACCAUUCAUUCCAAGCUUCUCAAGAGGCUGAUGAACUAAAUAUGUCAUUACCAUUAACUUCAUCCACUCAGAUGUCUUUUCCUGAGCCAUCACAAGUUGCAUCUACUUAUGAAAUGUCCUGGCGAUCAACCUCUCAGAGUCAACUUGGAUCAUCUCAGCCAAAAAAGAAAAGAGCCAGGAUGGGAUUUUAAGAAUUUAAUAACAGAAGCAUUGAGUCUUCAUUUUGGAGAGAAUUACCUUGCACACAUCUUGUUUAAAUGUAGACUUGGACCACCUGGACAGUACUUGUAUUUGCAAGAUGAUUGUUAAUUCCUGUGUGGAAAUUUUCAGUCCAACAUUGAUAUAGUUUUCACCUGAAUGAUUUGAUUUGUUUCAUUAUUUGUUAAAUUUAUACUUGAAAAACAUAUAUUCAUAUAAAGAAACAAUUGUUUAAA